CUGCUUUCUUCACGUGCUUCAGCUGCUAAUUGGCAAAAUAUUUAUUGGCAACACUUCGAAGUCCUCUGUGAUUUGUUUAAGCGCUGUCUGGAAGCUAAAUAAUUGUUUUAAUUUACUUUCCUUCGGUUUCUUUUCAUUAAUUUGUGUCUUUUCAGCACAGAAGAUUGUUAUUGCGCCCCAAAACAUCGCCGAGUUCGUCGUCAUUUAUCUGUUUCUACGUCAUUUAACCGCUAUCGAGAAAAGCCGUAUAGGCCUGUCGGUAAAUGAGAUUUUCAAUUGUCAUCUCUUAAUUAACAGAUACUUCUCAGGCCUGCUACAUAACAUGGGAAACGUCUUAUAUUUGAGGUGAGCUAUGUCCAGCAGCUGUAAGCCAAAGCCUAGGUGCUUUGGGAGCGACAUCCACAGACUGCUGCAGGCUGCUGAAGCUGGUCAGAAGGCUGAUAUCCUCACCUUGUCCUCAGGCCAUCUGGGGCCCCGCAGUCUGAACCAGAGUCAGCCUCACACGCAGACAAAUCAGUCUUUCUGGAAGAUGUCUCGGAGCCAAGAAGAAACCCCAAACCCUCUGGCACUCCAGCAGAGACGAACAAAGGCACUGACCUAUGUAAAGAAGAAAGAAAUGAAAGAGUCUCCCCCAGAGUUCACCGUCAGCACUGGGUCUGAAGUCUCUGAGUCAGGACAAGACCGGGCUACUGGUGGCUUAUCACAUGCAGACAGAAGAGAGGAUAUAAGUCUACCUAAAAUAGUUGAUUGUUCCUCAAACUCUUUGCCAUUCCAGCCGAGAGCAUUUUCCCAGAAAAAGCCUAACUCUUCAUCUGAUCCGGAGGGAAAACAGCAAUUUUGCUCAAGCCAUUCUGACCAUGAAGGACUGAAUAAUGAAGACCAGCUAAAGACAAAACAAUGGUUUGGCAGGCAAUUCAUAGCCAAGCAGGACCCCUGGGCUGGAAUAAAUGUUGCUGAAAUGCAUGAGAGGAAACUACAAAAGGAGCUGAAGAAGCUGUCAGUGCAGAGCUGGCCCAGCAGAGACCGCCUUGCGGUGUUCAGUGACGUCUUUGAUGAUGUAUGUGAAAGCUCGCCAGUAUUUGGACGCAUCCUGAGGGAAAUUAAGACAGAUUAUGAUUUGUAUGUCAACCACAUGAUGGCUUCCCUGUCACCAGUGCAUGACUUGUCGUUGAAUACUUCACUUGAAGGUCUUGACAACAGCAAAGUAAGAGAAAUGGAGUUGGAAGAUGCUGAAAAAGAGGUUAGCAGACUGGAGGAGGAGGCCAGAAGAGCUCUAAAGGAGAAUAAACGGGUCAGAAAUGACUUACAGAAUGUUCCAGUUAUCACAGCCCCAGAAGACUUUGACGUGAAGAAUGUAUCUCUGUCAGGGCUGCAAGACAGUGGGACUACCAGGGGCACCACCAACAGUAUCCAAUUUAAGAAGCUUCAGGUGUUGAACCUGUGGCAGGAGAUCCAACAGCUGGAGGAGGAGAUUAAGGAGAGGAUGGUGUCCACUGUUACAACCACUGCCACUGAGAGACGCAUCAAAGAAAUAAAGACAGAGACAAUGAGACUGAUAGCCUCAAAUGACCGUCUGAAGACCUCCAACAAGAAUCUGGAAAACAAAAUCAACAUGGUGCUGAACAGAGAGAAAGCAAGCAAGACCAUAAGACGGACAUUGUGGGAUGAAAUAGAAAGCGACCUGCAGAAAGAGAGUGAAUAGCUUCAUCGGCAAGUAAACCAGCAAAUACUCUAUUGAGAUGUUUCAACAUUAGACAGUAUGCAAUAGGUAAAGUACAAUUUGCAAUAAAAAUGAAGGUAUUUAAGGAGUCACAUCUUUGACAAAUAGCAACAACUUAACUUUUGGGAUUACCAUGUCCUAGUCGUGGCCCUUAAGUUUAAUACAUACAGAAAAUCUCUUUAUCAGAAAUAACAGUGUAGAUCAAGCAAAAACACAGAACCCACAUUCAUACAGUUGUUACUGAUAUAAUAUUUUUGCAGUAUUUUGAUGUGAAGCUAAUAUUAGCCUCUUACUGUAUAUACUGUUGGAUACUUUAAUUUAUAAUAAUGUGUUCUAUUUUAAAAGAUAGUGACAUGUUUUGCAUGUAAAACCCUCAUUUACAUAUUAUAUAAUAUUAAAUUAUUAGUACUGUAGAUGUCAAAUUAAAGUAGUGGAGUAAAAUGUUUGCUUCUGAAAUAUGGUAAGGUGGAAGUAUAACGUGUUCUUAACAUGAAAAAUAUUACAAACAGUACAACCAGUACAAAUAUUUCUU